AUGCCAGCAGGAGCAGCAGCAGCGGGAGCAGCAGCAGAUGCAGCAGAAGCACGGGAGAGCAGAGACAAGCAUCAACUCCAGUAUCUGCCACAACCCUCCUACGCGGUCUGCGAGAGACCCAUGACACUCCUCGGAGCAACCAGCACCAGCAGCAACAGCAGCAGCAAUGCAGCAGCAGACAGAAAAGAUAACAAAGGCAACGAUGUCCCAGCACAGAUCCCGGCUGACAACCAUAGGAAAACCAAAACUAACAACCACAGGCCCGUCUACACGAAGCAGAGCAGCAGCAACAGCAGCGGUAAAGGUUGCAGAAGCAACGGAAGAACACCAGAGAAAACGCAGCACAUCGUGAGCGUCAGCAGUAGCAGCAGCAAAGACAGCAGCGGCAGCAGCAGUCGCAACGGCAGCAGCAGCAGCAGCAGUUAG